UCUCAGGAGUGAUCGAUGAAUUCUUGUUGUUUAGCCCUUUACAUUUUUAAUGGUUUUCUAGGUAGCAGCGUAAACCAAUCAGCUCGAAAGGUUUUGGCAGUUCUCGGAGAAGGCUCAGCAGAAAAUCCUAGAAGAAAAGUGAGAAAGCUUGAUAACAUUGAGAAACCUAGCACUCUCUUCAAUCAUUAUGCAAAUGGAAGUGGCUGGUGGGAUUGCAACAUGGAAGGUGUUGAUAAUGAAGAAGUGGGGUGUUGUGAAGUAUGGGAAGGAAUGGGUUCUACAACUCUAGGGGGAUUGGAAUGGCACUGAAGUAAGUGAUAUGAGUAGAGAAAAUACUGUAUUUUUGUGAUACAACGACAACAACAUACCCAGUGUAAUAUCAAAGGUGGGGUUUGGGGAGGGUACAACGUACGUUGACCUUAUCCCUACCUCGUGAAGGGAGAUAGAUUGUUGUUGUUGUUGAGACUCUUGAUGUUGGAAUUAUUAGCUUACUUUAACAAGAUUUGUUAUCUUAAAAACACUAAUUAAUAAGAAUUAAAAAUUUAUGCAAA